AUGAACAAGUGGUGGUCAGGCGUCGGGCCGGGCUGCUGCACCGCGCCCGCCGUGCCGAGUCGCGCGUGCGAUGCGGAGCGGUCCCCGCCGCCCGCGCCGCCUCCCGCUCCGCCUGUGCUUUGCGCCAGACCCUGCUGUCGCGACGCCACUGUGGGAGAUAGCAUUGAUCAGCGGCGCGUCGUCGUUGAACAAGUCGGCAGCGGCGGCGGCGCGGGCGCGAGCGGCGCGCGGCACAAGACGGCUCCCCAGGCCGCAACGACGACGGCUCACAGCAAGCAGCUGGCGGCGGGCGGGGCCAACCACCCGCCCCAGCCGCAAGGCUCCGGCUGUGGUGGCGAUGGCGACUACCAGCUGGUGCAGCAUGAGGUGCUCUACUCCUCGUCCAAUAGGUACGAGGUGUUGGAGUUCCUCGGGCGAGGUACGUUCGGGCAGGUGGUAAAGUGCUGGAAGAAAGGCACUAAUGAGAUAGUCGCCAUCAAGAUCCUCAAAAACCACCCCAGCUAUGCCCGACAAGGACAGAUUGAGGUAUCUAUCUUAUCCCGGCUAUCCCAGGAGUCAGCCGAUGAAUUCAAUUUUGUUCGGGCGUACGAGUGCUUCCAGCAUCGCUCGCACACGUGCCUCGUGUUCGAGAUGCUGGAGCAGAACUUGUACGACUUCCUCAAACAGAACAAGUUCUCGCCGCUGCCUCUCAAAUAUAUCAGGCCCAUACUCCAGCAAGUCCUCACGGCGUUGCUCAAACUUAAACAACUGGGAUUAAUACACGCGGAUCUAAAGCCGGAAAACAUAAUGUUGGUGGAGCCAGCGCGACAGCCUUACAGAGUCAAAGUGAUCGACUUUGGAAGCGCUUCGCACGUCAGCAAGGCCGUCUGUAACACAUACUUGCAGAGCAGAUACUACAGGGCGCCGGAGAUAAUCCUGGGUCUUGCAUUCUGCGAGGCCAUCGACAUGUGGUCUUUAGGCUGUGUGGUUGCUGAGCUGUUCCUGGGCUGGCCUCUGUACCCCGGCUCCUCGGAGUACGACCAGAUCCGGUACAUUUCACAGACACAGGGCCUGCCCACUGAACAUAUGCUCAAUAGCGCUAGCAAAACGGCGAAGUUUUUCUACCGCGAUGUGGACAGCACUUACCCGUUUUGGCGUUUGAAGACCCCUGAGGAACAUGAGCUGGAAACAGGCAUAAAAAGCAAGGAGGCCAGAAAGUAUAUAUUCAACUGUCUUGAUGACAUAGGACAAGUAAAUGUACCUACGGAUCUUGAAGGCGGCCAAUUAUUAGCCGAGAAAGCAGACAGAAGGGAGUUCAUCGAUUUACUUAAGAGAAUGCUUACAAUGGACCAGGAAAGACGAAUAACUCCUGGCGAAGCAUUGAACCAUGCUUUCGUGACACUCGCCCAUCUCGUCGACUAUGCACACUGCAACAACGUCAAGGCGUCCGUACAAAUGAUGGAGGUAUGCCGUCGUUCUGGCGGUGGAGUGGGCGGGGUGGGCGGCGUGGGCGGCGGCGGCGCGGAGUACGUGGCCGGCGUCGUGCCCGGCGCCGCGCCCCCCCACCAUCUCGCGCUCACCAUCAACCAGCAGAGGCUUCGCGCCGCGCCAUACGACAAUCUCUACCAGCUGUACCAGGGCGGUCGCGUAGCAGUGGGAGGUGCCCGCCAGUACGCCACCCGGGCUGCAGAACCAUUCCCUCAUCAAUUCGUCUCGUCCAUCCUCUGCCAGCCUGCAUACCAGGUGCAGCAACUGGCUGCGGCCGCUGCAGCCGCCGCCGCCGCGCAUCAUCAGCACGGCGUGGCCGGCGUGGCGGGCGUGGCCGGCGUGCCGGGCGUGGCUGGCGUGCCAGGUGUGGGAGACGUGAGCGGCGUGGCGGAAUGGCGUGCACCUCUCAUUGUGGAACCCGCGCCAAUGCCUGAACCUGAUGUAUGGGAUGCCUUCCACCCACAUCAUCCCCAACAUCAUCACCCGCAUAAGAGAUCAACAAAGCAGCAGACGACGGUGCCGCACUACCAACCGCACCACCAAACGCAUCAAUACAGUAUGGCAAGCAGCGGCGGUAAGAAGGAACCGACACAACUAUCGCCGGUGAAGAAACGGGUGAAGGAAGGCACGCCGCCUUCGAGGCACAGGCAUCAGCAUCACGACCACACUGGAGGUCGCAGCGGUGCGUGGGAGAGCUCGGGCGGCGCGGCGGCGCACACGAUCACGAUCCGCGACACGCCGUCCCCCGCCGUGUCCGUCAUCACCAUCUCCGACUCCGACGACGACGCCGACGCCCCGCGCCGCGCCCGACACGCCGCGCAGCCGCAGAACACUACCGGCGGCAGCGCGGAUUGCGGCGGAACGACGCGCAGCGGGGCGGCGCCCGGCGUCAUCUGCAGCGCGCGGUCCCCGCCCGGGGACAGGGUCAAACACGAACCUCACCACUACUGUCAACACCACCAGCAACCCCAGCCGCAACAGUCGUCGAGCGGGUCGCAGACGGCCCCUGCGCCCCCGGCCGCGCAGUCGGCAGCGCAGGCAGCCCCGGCGGCGCAAUGUUCGAGUUCCCGCACUGCGGCGGCGGCGACGGCGGCGGCCACCCCGCAGAGUCAGAAGAAGCGGCUGCUGGCGCUGGCCCAGCAGGAGGCGCAGGCCAAGAGGGACCACGAACACGCGCACUCACAUCUACCUCCCAGCGGAUCGACAGUACGUCAAACGAACGACUAUCAAUGCAACCAGUACGUGCCGGCGCAGCACAAUAAGAGGGAUAGUAGCGGCGGAUGUCGCGAGUACCUGACGAAUGGAGCUGGAGUUAGCGGAGUGAACGCCGUCAGUGGCGUAAGUGGUGUAAGCGGCGUGAGUGGCGUGAGCGGCGUGAGUGUGAGCGUGAGCGGGCCUCCCGCCGCGCACAAACACGCCGCGCCUCACGCCUGGCACCAUCAUCCGCACCCACACUACAAAACUGGUAGUGGCGGAGUAUUGUCCCCGGGAGGCGGAGUGUCCCCCGGGUACCUCCCGCCACCACUCUACGUACCUACAUACCACUAUCACACUGGCGGAGUGAGUGGUGUGAGCGGAGUGGGCGGUGUGGGCGGUCCCCCCCCGGCGCACCACGGCAGCGGCGGUCGGCUGCCCGGGUACCUGCAGCCCUACUCCCCCACCUACCUCGUGCCCCCCCACCACCAGCAACACCUCUGGUACACCGACUGACACAACUAGACCACACGCUACGACCACUUCCUGCUGAAACUUCUCAAUCUUAUUUCUUAAUCAAUUAAAUGUCUUUUGUAUUCUUUGUAAGCGAUGUACAUCGGUAAUCGCGAAUAUUCGAAUUAUACUUAAUCCAGUAUAUAAAUGUUUAAUCGUAUUUGUUUAGUUGUGUAAUUUAUUACACGGUAGCGACGUGUAAGCGCUUAUAGAUGAAUGUAUAAUAGGUUAGUGGAUUAUAAUUGUAUCAUUUGAUGUCGGUGUCCAUACUGUAACGUAUGAACACGUUUAAUUCACAUGUAUUAUAUGGAUUGUAAAUUUCGCGUUAUAUUUUGCUGAUAAAGCGAGUAGGUUGCAUUUACUAAUAUUUUAUCAUAGUUUAGUGUUUGUACCAAAUCAUUUUAAUGGGGAAAUUAUUGAUGUAUCGAGUAUGGUAACGAAUGUGUUUGUGUGGCGACGUCGCGUCCCUGACGCGCGACGUACGCGACACGUUUUAGUUUUACGACACGCUGAGUUUGUCAAUUAUAAAGUUUUAUUUGUGUUGUAUGUAGUGAGGAAACGCUUUAGAUAUACGUGUAUUGAGAUUUGAGGAUACGAGUGUUACGUUCCAAGUGACACGAACAUUUAUUGCUGUGUCUAUCUUAUAUUCAAAAUUAAAGGGUUUUAUAUUACGUAGGUAUAACUAAAUGUGUAGGGCGCGGUGAUGGACAACUUGUAUAGAUGUAGAUUCGAGUAUAUUAAACGAAAUAAAAAAAUCUAUCUAAGAUAUUUUAUAAACAUUUAGUACACACUAAUGAUUAACUAAGAUUGUAAUAAUGCAUGUAUAAUCCACAUUAGAUAGAAUGAAAUUGUUUAAAAAAUAUUAAUAAUGUCCUUUAUAGAAGAUGAAAAAAAAAUUAUAUGUUAUGCAAUUAUUUUUACGACUGCAAAUGAUUUUAGUUUUAAUAUUUUGAUAAGUGUUUAAUGACACUAGAGAGCUAUUAUAUUUUGCUGACUUGAUACGCGUCGGUUUACGACUGGGUAUUUCAGUUUCGCAGUGUUUUAACAUAAUGUAACCUGUUUGUGGGUGUGACAGGCCCGGUAUGUCGCCGCGGGCCGCGCCGCGUUGUACAUAAGUAUUACAUAAAUAAGUCAUAUCGUACAAGUUCCCUAGCAGUUACACUUCCCGACGCACGCAGCGCGGCCCCGCCUAGUCUACGCUACGGACGCACGACGCUUGCAAACUAUAUUCCUUAAUAUAUCACUAUUAUUAUAUAUUAUAAGAUGCAACACGUUUUACUAUAUAGCAGUAAAUAUUAUCACAACAAUCUUUAUUAGAUAUUGAACGCUUCUUUCGACAAAGUUAUCGAAUUCUAUUUAGAAGUAUUACGAUGUUAUUACUAAUUGUAACUUUGAUGUAGCGUGUUUUUAUAGAGCUUUUGGUGUCAUGCAACCGCCAAUGUCGACGGAUAAUGUGCUUAUGUGUCUGUUUAUCCUAUAAAUUAAUACGAUAUCGUCCCAUUCGGGACAUUUUUUACAAAUUGUAGAUUUAUCAUUAAACAAGUAAAUCGUCGUCUGCCUCCCGUAGCGUAUACUAAGUAUGUUUUCGAUUUUAUUAUUACUAUUUGGUUUAUCAUUUUAUUUUUAGUAUUAAGUGUUUAAUUUAUAAAUAUCCACCAUUUAAUCGCAAGAUAAUAUAAACCACUGCAUUAUUUUAAAUUCAUAUUAAACAUGUUUUAUAUGACAAGACUACUAUGUAAUAUUAUUAGUUAAACAUAAAGUUAGUACAUUAGUUUGCUGCCCGACAAUAAUGAUUAUGUUUAGUUUCGUAUUUGUAAUGGUUGUAGUUAUAACUAUGUUACUUUAUUUUGUUUUAUCGUCAACUGGAUAGUUGAUAUCGGGCACCGUAGUGAAUACGUCAAUAUAAUUAUAUUGCAAUACUAUUUAAUUGUUGAAACUCCUAACGAUAUUGCUUCUUCCAAUCUUUACUUGCUGUGUUCUUCUUAGUGUUUCGCCGAAUUCUCAAACGUAUUCCGUAAGUGACACACCACGAAUGUCACUUGUUCGUGUACUCGGGCCCGGGUACAGGAUUGCCGUUUGAGAAUCCGGGGGUAAUUUUAUCACAGAAUGUUUUCACAAUAGACGAGGAAAUGUGUCUUUUUCAUGUCCUUUGUAACGGACAUUCUGCCAGACUUGUUCAGUACGACGCCCGACAGUACGCCGACCUGCGACUGCCCGCUCCUUGGAAGCAACGAGGCGACUAUUUGUUCUGUCUGUAUUUUGAUAAAUCACUGAAAAUAUAAUCAAUUUUUUCUGCUUCUAUGUGCAAUAAUAUUGAGAUUUUAUUAUGAUGAAUAAAUUAAUCAAAUGCUAUAAUAGUCAAUGAUUUGUAAUUAAAUGAAUGUAAAUUAUUUUCAAUUGUAUGUGGGAAUCAGUUUAUUUGUAUACAAUUGAGUGUUGAGAACAGUGGUGUUUGCGGAGGGCGCGGCAAGGGCCGGCCAGUCGCCGCGGUCGGCGGUAGGAAGCGAGAUUGCCCCCUCUGGCGAGGCUUUAGUCAAUGAUCUCUGUUGAAACGUGCACAUAUUAUAACUAUUACCCCUACGUAUCGCAAUGUGGCACGGCGUUAGUUCGUCUCAAUCUUUUGUUUUAGUGAUUUUAUUAUUUCUAAGCUUUUAUUGGAGUUUUGGGGUUUAUUUUUAAGCGUAUUAACAUAAUGGAAUGUUAACACAUUUUCUAUAAUAAUUUUGUCCUAGUUCAUAUUAUAUACGUUAUACGUCUGCUUACGGUAUCGUUUGAAAUUGCCUUAUUAUGUUUAGUGUGUAUAUGGGGCAUGUUGUCGCGGCGCAAUCGACCCAUACUAUCGCAUACAGGUUGGCGGCCUGGCCGGCGACGCGUACGUCGCGGGCGAUGCGGCCAACUCACGAAAUGUCUGAAUGACGGCUGUACGUCGACGUGAUUCUGUGAUUAUUACUCAUUAUAAUAUUAGUUCGAAAACUGUAAAUGUGGGUUGUUGCAAUAAGAAAAUUCUUUUUGUGUGUAUAAAAUUGCAUUUUGCGAAGCAGCUGUAUGAAAUGCCCCGUGUAUAUGUAUAUUAGUUUUGUAGUGUAUGGUUUCACCAAAACACGAUACCGAUUAUAUUUAUAAAGGAAAUAACACGAAAAAGGUCGCGAUUAGCAAAUUCGAGUGUCGACAAUAAUUUAUUGUUCUAAUGGUAACAAUUAAUGUACAAAAUACUCCGUAUAAGUUGGUAAUAGCCCGCACUAGCUGAGUCGAUAUGUUGUAAGUUGUCAGAUUGUGUUCCACUGUGAUGCAGUGUAGCGGUGAAACUGUAAUGUAGGCUUACGUUUGGUUUAAUUCGCGUUACUUGUAACUACGUACCGACAGGUACUAGCCGAGAACUAACUUUACAAUAAUGGGUAUUUUAUGUUUUAAUUUAGCUUAUAGGGGCUUGUGUAAACAAGUUGAAACUAUUAACAUGUUUUAAAAUUCGAUAUGUGGGUGAUCAGGGGAUAUAGCACAGAUGUUGCUUAAGUUUCUCUUCAAUAAUAAUCGAAUAGUUUAUUAUUAGAUGAAAAAUUUGUAAAUAAACAUCCAAAUAUCCCUUUUUAUUUUAUUUUUAUUUUUUUCCUUCACCUUAUUUUCCUUUAUUUUGAGUUUUUAUUAUUUUG